GAGGGGGCGGAGCCAGGAAGUGAGGAGGGGCGGGGGUUUAUGAGGAGGCCAAGGGAGCGUUGGGACAGAUUUGCACUCAGGGCCACCUGAGGGACUUGGCUGUAGCGCUCAGCUCUGUCCCCUCCCCUCGCAGAGACACGGUUGUCGUCUAGGAGUAGGGAACUUUGUGGAGGGGGGGUUGUCGGGAGGACCUUUCUGUGUCUGCGAUUGAGGCAAGGUGUGGAGAGGCGGGGUGGGGGUGGGGCCGGGUCGUCAGGGCGUCUGAGAGGGAAGACCCCCGCCCCCGCCCCCCCACCGCCCAUCUACACUGGCUGACUGGACACUAAGAUGGCUGCCGUUGCCAUGACACCCAACCCUGUGCAGACCCUUCAGGAGGAGGCGGUGUGCGCCAUCUGCCUCGAUUACUUCACGGACCCCGUGUCCAUCGGCUGCGGGCACAACUUCUGCCGAGUGUGUGUAACCCAGUUGUGGGGAGGGGAAGAUGAGGAGGACAGGGACGAGUUAGACCGGGAAGAGGAAGAGGAGGACGGAGAGGAGGAGGAGGUGGAGGCUGUGGGGGCCGGUGGAGGGUGGGACACCCCCAUGAGGGAUGAAGACUAUGAGGGCGACAUGGAGGAGGAGGUCGAGGAGGAAGAGGAGGGUGUGUUCUGGACCAGUGGCAUGGGCGGGUCCAACUGGGACAACAUGGACUAUGUGUGGGAGGAGGAGGACGAGGAGGAAGAUUUGGACUACUACUUGGGGGACAUGGAGGAGGACCUGAGAGGGGAGGAUGAGGAGGACGAGGAGGAAGUGCUGGAGGAGGACGAGGAAGAGGAGUUAGACCCCGUCACCCCACUGCCCCCGCCUCCAGCCCCUCGGAGGUGCUUCACCUGCCCCCAGUGCCGAAAGAGCUUUCCCAGGCGGAGCUUCCGCCCCAACCUGCAGCUGGCCAACAUGGUCCAGGUGAUUCGACAGAUGCACCCAACUCCUGGUCGAGGGAGCCGUGGGAACGAGCAGGGCAUUUGUCCCAAACACCAGGAAGCCCUGAAGCUCUUCUGCGAGGUGGAUGAAGAGGCCAUAUGUGUGGUGUGUCGAGAAUCCAGGAGCCACAAACAGCACAGCGUGGUGCCAUUGGAGGAGGUGGUGCAGGAGUACAAGAACCACUCAUCCUGUGCAACAACCACUGCCUUUUGUACUCUUCUCUGGGCCAAACUGCAGGGGCAUGUGGAACCACUGAGGAAACAUCUAGAGGCUGUGCAGAAGAUGAAGGCCAAGGAGGAGAGGCGGGUGACAGAACUGAAGGUGGUAUCCACCAUCCCCUUUGCAUCAUCCCAGAGCCAGAUGAAGUCAGAGCUGGCAGCUGUGGCCUCGGAGUUCGGGCGGCUGACACGGUUUCUGGCUGAAGAGCAGGCAGGGUUGGAGCGGCGCCUCCGAGAGAUGCACGAAGCCCAGCUAGGGCGUGCAGGAGCAGCGGCCAGCCGCCUGGCGGAGCAGGCUGCCCAGCUGAGCCGCCUGCUGGCGGAGGCCCAGGAGCGGAGCCAGCAGGGGGGCCUGCGGCUGCUCCAGGACAUCAAGGAGACUUUCAAUAGGUGUGAAGAGGUACAGCUGCAACCCCCAGAGGUCUGGUCCCCUGACCCGUGUCAGCCCCAUAGCCAUGACUUCUUGACAGAUGCCAUCGUGAGGAAAAUGAGCCGGAUGUUCUGUCAGGCUGCCCGAGUGGACCUGACGCUGGACCCUGACACGGCUCACCCGGCCCUGAUGCUCUCCCCUGACCGUCGGGGGGUCCGCCUGGCAGAGCGGCGGCAGGAGGUUGCUGACCAUUCCAAGCGCUUCUCAGCCGACUGCUGCGUAUUGGGGGCCCAAGGCUUCCGCUCUGGGCGGCACUACUGGGAGGUAGAGGUGGGAGGGCGGCGGGGUUGGGCGGUGGGCGCUGCCCGUGAAUCGACCCAUCAUAAGGAGAAGGUGGGCUCUGGGGGAUCCUCUUUGGGCAGUGGGGAUGCCAGCUCCUCACGCCAUCACCAUCGCCGCCGCCGGCUCCACCUACCCCAACAGCCCCUGCUCCAGCGCGAAGUGUGGUGUGUGGGCACCAAUGGCAAACGCUACCAGGCACAGAGCUCAACGGAGCAGACACUGCUGAGCCCAAGUGAGAAACCACGGCGCUUUGGCGUGUACCUGGACUAUGAGGCUGGGCGCCUAGGCUUCUACAAUGCGGAGACUCUAGCCCACGUGCAUACCUUCUCAGCUGCUUUCCUGGGCGAGCGUGUCUUCCCUUUCUUUCGAGUGCUCUCCAAGGGUACUCGUAUCAAGCUAUGCCCUUGAUUAGCCUGCCACCCGCAGGGGCCCCUCUGGUCAGCACUUGAGGGGCGGGUGGUGGUGGAGGGUGUCCCAUAAGUUUAGGGGCUCAAAGGCUCCUUCCACUGUUUGUUGCUUCCCACUCCCCUUUGACCCCAGGCCCGCUUCUCCCUCUAGGAGCCUAAAGAACCUUCCUGGCCUGCAGCUCUGCCUUCUCUCACCUGCAAUGUCUGUCCAACAGGUCUGCAUGGGUCCCUGAUGAGAACAGCUGCCUGGUUUUCCUUCCCUCUGUCCACCCAGGGUUUUGAGUAGGAGUUGAGGGGAGAUUUAACUCUAUUACUUAACUUCCCUUUCCUUGCCCCUACUCUUCACCUUGUCAGUUCCCAGGCUGGGAUAUUUGGGCAAGACUCCUGUCUGCCCCGAAUUCCAUUUUCUGAUGCAAAUUUUAGCUAAGGGAUUUGGAAGCUUUUUGGGGAGGCGGGUUAGGCAAAAGGGUAGAGCUGGGUAAUAAAUGUCUAUUCUCUGGGGGAGGUAGGAGGGAUUCUAGACUCCUUCCAUCCCCAAUUUCUACCUCCAUAGACUGGCCAGAAUUUAGCUUGAGAUCUGGAAUGGGCAACAUAAUUGAAACUACAUACCAUUGUAUUACCCAAUAAAUUAUUUUCUCCCCCACCCUUUUUCCAGCACUCACAUUAGGAGUAAAGCUCACCCCGCCCAUCCCCUCCAGGUCUUUUCACUGCCAGGCUCCUUUCCUCUUUGUCCAAUGAAGUUCCUUGUGUCAGUAUCCAGCCUCAUAUAUUAGUUCUCUCCAUCUGGUGAGCCCUGACCAGGAGCCUGGGGACAGGGGUUUGGAUCCCCAGGAGAGCCUUGGGUAUAAUCUAUUUUUCUAGUAACCCCUUGCCUUCUGUCACUUGUCAGCUUUUGUCCUUUGCUUUGAUGGCAGAGGUCAACUUCUGUUCCUGGGGGAAAGGGAAGACGGGAUGUGUUGUGGAAAUAAAGUUUAUUUGCUUCUUU